AUGGCUUCAAGCUCUUCCUUCCAUCCGGCCCAUGUCACCAAAGCCCCUCGUGAACCUUCGAAAGACCAGAAUCAGACUGAAGCGGAAGAUAAUAACGAGGAAAGUUGGGAGGGGAACUUCAAGAUGUCCGAGAAUCCCAAGAUGUCCGGGCAUCGUUUCCCUCCAGAUACACCACUCAGGGAGUACAAAUCCAUGAAAAAUGGCAAGCCGCACAAAAGCUUCCCACGCAAUCUCGGGGAAUUCAAUGCCCUCACUGAACGAAUUCUGGAUGAGCUCGCUGAGCAUUUUAGCCAAAAAGUUCGAAACGGAUGGACAUCGCUAUACCCCAUGCAAACCACUCCCUUGUUUGGACAAGCGAACACUUGUGAGAUGAAGCGCUACCUGUUCGGCGUGUUUAUUGGUUUGGGAGAAUCUGUAAACCCGUGGCCAAAGAAUUCACUGCAACCACCCAAGGCCCAACAUCAACCACAUAGACGUCCUAUCUCGUCUAGAGGGCACCCAGGCAAGUAUGAUCCGUCGCUCGACCCAGGUGAGGCUCUGUGUUUAGUCCUUUCGCGUGUCAGAAACUUACUUUACAAAGCUCCAAAGAAACAACGAUCGUCAUGGAACUGGCUGUGGUGUGGUGGUGGGCACCAGGAGGGAUAG